AUGGAUAUAAAUCGAUCUCGAUUUAAUGAAUUGGAUGAAGAAUUUGAAAACAAAAAUGUAUUAAAAGAAAAUUGUUUAAAUACAGAUUUUUCAUAUGAACAUAUUUUAAAUAAUAAUAUAAAAAGACCACAAGAAAUAGAUUGUGGAAUGUCUUGUGGUAGUUCAUUUUAUGAAAGAUAUGAAAAUGGUAAUAAAAUUUUUGAAAAUAAUUUAACAGAGGAAAAUAUAAAUAACAAAUUUAUAGAUGGUUCUCAUAAUUUAGACAAUAAUUUUCAUGAUGACAACAAAAAAAAUAAUCCAGUCUAUAUUUAUAAUACGACAAAUGGUUUAGAUGUUUCUUUUAAACAAAUAAAUAAUGAAGAUUUUGUAAAAAAAAUUUCAAAUAUUGAAAUAAAUACACUUAAUAAAAAUAAUAAUAUAAUAAAAGUUUCACAAAAUCCAAUUAUAUGUUAUACUGAUGAAAAAAAAAUCGAAACAAAUUUAAAUGAUGGAUGUAUAAUAACGAAAAGUAUAUACAAUAAUAAAAUAAGUUCAAAUGAAAUAAAUCAAGAAUAUCGUGAAAAUUUUCCUUAUAUUUCGCAAUAUAAUGAUGAUGUUUUUUUUUUAAAUAGUAAUAGUAUAUGCAGAGGUGAAGAAAGUGUUGGAACUACAAAUUUAGAGAGCAAUCUGAUUUCACCAUAUUUAGGAAGUAAUACUGUAAAUUAUUCUAAUUCUAUAAUGAGUGAAAAAAAAUUAUAUUUUCCUGAAACUGGUAAAAUUGAAAGUAAUAAUAGAUAUAUAAUAAAUACGGAAAAAAACAAUUCAAAUUAUAGUUCAAAUGAAAUAAAAUCGAAUAAUAACAAUUCAGUGAAUAUAAUAAGUAGAACCGUUUUAGAAGAAGACAUUAAUUUAGUUAGUAAAUUGGAUGAUGUUAAAUUAGAUGCUACAAAUAAAAAUAACCAUAAUAUAGAAAAUGAAUAUUUAGAAAAAAAUUUUAAUAGUGAAAAAAAAGAUAUAGAAAAAAAUAUUUUUUCAUUAUCAAAAGAAGAUAUAUAUAAUAGUGUUGCAAAUGAAAUUAUGAAUUAUAAGAAUACUAUUUAUGAUUUAGAAACUGAAUUAAAAAUAAAAAAUAGCUAUUUAGAAAAUGAAAAAAAAAAAAAUGAAGGAUAUGAAAAAAUCAUAGAGAAAUAUAUAAAUAAUUUGAAUUUACCAUUUCAUGAUAAUAAUUCAAUGAGUACAUUUGAUAUUAACGAGAUUCAGAUCAAACAAAUAAAACAAGAAUUACUUCUAAAAAGUACUGAAGUUAUAGAAUUGAAUAAUGCAAUAAAUAAUUUAAAAAGUCAGAAAGCUUUAUUUAUAAAUUCAGUAUACAAUGAACUACAAGUUAGUAUGAAAAAAGAGACAGAAAAUUCACUAAUUUUACAUGCACAAACAAUAAGAUUAAAUAAUGCAAAUAAAUAUAUAGAGAGCCAAAGCAAUAAAAUAAAUAAUCUAGUAAAUGAAUUAAAGAAAUUAGAACAACGAUAUAUAUAUCAUAUACAAAAAGAUGAAAGAAUUAUUAACGAAUUAUUAAAUGAAAAAAAAGAAUUUGUUAAAAUUGCAGAAAAAUUAAAUAUUGUAAAUAUAGAAAAUAAAAAUAAAAAUGAAGAAUUAGAAAAAUAUAAAAAUAAAUGUAAUGAAUUAACAGAGGAAUUAAAUGAUUUAGUUCGAGUUAUUUCAGAUGAUCAAUUAGUUCAUCAAAAAACUUUUAACAAAUCUUAUCAAACAAACGAUUUGGGAUUUUUAAUGUAUAUGCCAAAUCAAAAAAAUGUUGAAAGCACUACAUCAAAUUGCACUCGCAUUACAAAAAAUAGAAAUUCAAAUAGGAAUACAAAUUCAAAUACAAAUGCAGAGGAUGAUUACAUUAGACAUGAUAUUUCUGAAAGUAAUAAUCAAGAUGAUGUAAACAAUUCAAACAAUUUAAAUAAUGGAUUGAAAAUACAAUUAGGAAAAUUAAUUGAACAUAAUGAUUGGUUAAAGAGUGAAGUUGAUAAAUAUUUCAAAAAAAAUACAGAAAUUGUAGAAGAAUUAAAAAAUAAAACAAAAAUAAUAUCUGAACAAAAUAAAAGGUAUGCUUUAUUAUUAGAAAAAUAUAAUAUUCUUGAAAAUGAUUUUAAAAAUAUUCAUGAUGUAUGCUCUCAAUUAGAAGGAAAAUUUAAAAAGGAACAAUGCCAAAAUAUAAUGGAAAAUAAAAAUAUGAGUGAUAGUUUUGAAAAAAAUGAAUCUAAAGAAUUAAGGAAACGUAAUCUAUCUUUAAAAGAUUUACAAAUUAAUGAAAGUAACCAAAGUGAAAGCAACAUCAAUGAUUAUAAAAUUUAUUGUUCUGAAUUAAAGUUAGAGAAUGAAGCUCUUAAAGUUGUGAUUGAAAAGUUAAAAAAUAAAAAUAAAAAAUUGUCAAAAAACAUGGAACUUCUUUUAAAUGAUUUAAUAACUAAUGAACAAUUAAAUGAUGAAGAAGUUUCAAAUAAUAAUAUGAUUAAAAAUACCACUAAUAUUAGUAAUUUAGAUAAUGAACAUAAUCAAGAUAAUUCUCAAACAGUUAUAUAUGACAUGUCUAAGCAAGCAACACUUCAAAAAGAUGAACACAUUUCUAAAAAUACAACGCUUGUAAAUUCAAUUUAUCAAAAAGAACCGAUGCUUUUAAUAAAAAAUGAAGAGGUUAGUAUCGAAAAGAAUUAUAUAAAUGAAUCAAAAAAAAAAAUGCCAACAAAAACUGUAGAUAUAUUUACACAAACAGAAUUUAGCAUCUCUGAAAAAACAAAUGCUCUUAUUCAAACAGAAUUUAACAACUCUGAAAAAACAAAUGCUCUUAUUCAAACAGAAUUUAACAACUCUGAAAAAACAAAUGCAAUUAUUCAAACAGAACUAAACGAAUAUAAUAAAAAUUGCGUUACUACUGGAAUAAAUACAGAAGAAAAAACGAUUUCAAACAAAUGCAUAAUUACCGAUAAUCAUGUAAAGCCAUUAAUAGAUGCAUGUAUUAAUACAAAUAAAGUUAAAGUUAUAAAUCAAGAUAUAAAUAUGGAAUAUAAAAGUACUCAAACAAAUGAAACUGAUUGUUAUAUAAAAUCAACACAAACUGAUUUUAAAAAAAGAAUAGAUAGAGGUGUAUUGACUGAAAUGUGUGGAAUCACAGAUUUUAAUAUUAAACAAAUUAUGAUAAAAAAUAAAAUUUUGACAAAAAAUAAAAAAAUACAAGUAACAGUAUCAAAUUUAAAUGCCUCUAUACAAACUCAAGAAACAACUUCUAGCGACAUAUCAAAAAGACCUAGUAAUAACUAUUAUAAUAUGAAUCAUACUGAUAAAUAUAAAUAUAAUUUAUUUAAUAUAAAUAAAGAUUUGAGAUGUAUAAAAAAAAAAAAAAAAUAUUUUAAAAGUUCAUCAUCUAUUUAUUCAAGUAAUUCAAUAGACAAUAUUCAAUUAGAAGAUUCUAAUAUUUCUUCUGAAUUAUGUUCAUUUAAAAAUAAUAACAAAUACUAUUAUUAUAAGGAUGAUAAAAAUGGUUAUAGAGAUGGAAUAAAAAGAAACAAAGGGUGUUAUUACAUAAAACGCCAGGAUUCAAACAAUAGUUAUUCUGAUACAAGUUAUGAUGUUAACGAUUAUAAUGAUAUAUCUAAUAUAUAUCCCUUAAGUCAAAAAAAACGGCACACAAAAAAUAUAUUACCAAUAUGUGAUAUGGAAUAUAAUAGAGAAUAUUAUAUGAAAAGAAAUUGCCCACCUUUGAAAUAUUCUCGAAAAUACAAAAAUCAAGAUCGAAGCAAAUAUUCAAAAAGCUAUAACAGAAAUGAAGAAGAAGAAGUGGAAUCAUUAUUAGAAAUAUUAAAAUACUCAUCAGAAUAUGAAAAUGAAAAAGAUGAGGGAAAUUAUGAAGAAAGCCAACUUAGUAGCAAUUAUAGAAAUGAGGGUAGAAUAGAAAUUUACAGAAACAUUAUUGAUAAUGAUUCUUAUUAUAAAAAAAGAAUGAUGAAAUAUAGAAAAAGAGAAAAAAAAAUAAAAAAAAUUAAUAAAUCAGAAAAAAUGUUCAGAAGAGAUCAGUUAGAUAAAUUAUCUCAAAAUGAAAAUAAACAUAAAAUAUACAAAAAAUUAAAAAAUUCUAAUUAUAUGAUUAAAUUUGAAAAUAAGCAUGUCCAAACAGAUGAACAAAUUUUUAAUGAUAUAUUUUAUGAUGAUAUAAAUACUCAUGUAAAAAAUAAUUUUUCAGAUAUUAUCGAUCAAAAUGUUAAAAAUUUAAAAAUAAAAAUCAACGAAUAUAAAAAUGAUUUCUAUUAUACUGCAAUAGUUUGUGAACAAUGUAAAGGACUAUAUAUAGAUACAUUGCUAAUGUAUAAUAUCAUAAGUUAUAUGAAUUACAAAAGCUACAAUGAUUCGGCACCUUUAUUUUAUAAUGAUGUGUUUUUAUAUUCAGAUAAUGAGCAAAAUAAAAUACCCAUAAAAAAAUCUAGCUCUUAUACUAAUCUAAAUUAUAACGACACUUUUAUGAAAAAAAAUAAGCAUAGAUUUAUUUCGAACACCUUAAAUAAUACAUCACAUUCUUUAUCUUUUUAUAAAAAACAGAUAAGCGAGGAAAAUUAUAAUAACAAUGAUAAUGAUAAUAUCUCAAAUGACAUACCUUCUUCUUCAUGUGAACAUCAGCAAAGUGAUAAAGAUUGUGUGAACAAUGAGGAUAUCAAAUUAGAUAAUAUGAACACAGUAAUACAUAAAUUUGUAGCAGAAAAUAUUCCCUAUGGUUUUAUUUUAUGUACAUGUCAUUCUGCCGUUUUAAGAUAUAAAAGCAUUCGUCUCAAAAAAGAAGUGAGAAGGGGUAAUUCAGAAAAAGACGAUAUAAAUGGCAUAAAAAAAUAUAAUGUAAAUAAUGAAAAAAAAAUUAUUUUUUUUAGUAAAAUAAAAAAUAUUAUAUUAAAAUUGAAAAAUGAAUUAUCUCAGAUUCGUGGAACUAUAGAUAAUUUGUUUUUUUCCAAUAAAAAUAAUAUAUUAUUAAAUAACAUUUUAAAUACUUCAUACUUUAAAGAUAUACCAUCAAUUGUAUAUAAUCAUGUUCAUAAUAUUGAAACAAAAAAUGACGAUUCAAUGGAUAAAUUAUUAUUUAACAAUGAAAAUGAUAAUGCUCUUGUAAUGUUUCAAAUAAAUAAAAAAGAAAACAUUUCAAACAAUUAUAUAUUAGACAAUAUAAACAAUUUCAAAGGAAUAUCAGAAAUAGACAAGGUUUCGAAUAUUUGCAUACCUAUUAAAUGUGAUAAUAAUAUAAUAGAGAAAAAGGAAAUAAAUAUUUGUGAAAAUAUGAAACCUUCAAAAUAUUUAUGUACUAAUAAAAAUGACAAAUUUACAGAAAAUAUUAAUGAAAUAAUUUCCAAAAAAUAUAAUCAAAAUGAUUUAAAAGAACAAACAUUUAGUUUUAAAUAUUUAAUAGAAAAUUAUGAUAUAAAAAAUAUAACCACAUUUUUUAUUUGCUGUAUACUCAGUUUGAAUGAAAUACAUACUAAUUUAUGUAUACCUUUUAUGAAAAAUAAUAGUUUUCAUAAUAUUUCAUCGCCGAGUUUUGGAAUGGAAGCACAACCAGAUUAUUGUGUGGGAAUUGAACAAAAUGAAAUAAAAAUAAUAGACAUAAUAAAUAAAGAUUCUGAAAGUAUCAAAUACAAUAAAAUAAAAGAGACGGAAUGUUUUUUAGAAGAAUAUAACAUAGUUUUGGAUACAAAUCCACAAAGUAUAUGUGUUAAACAAAUGGCAGAGAUAGAAAAUACAUUAUGCAUUUUGUCAAUUAAUAUAAUUAACAAAAUAAAAGAAAGGUACAUAGAAAUAAUGUCUGUUUAUUUAUUUAUUGGUGAACAUAUAGAUGAUAAAAAUAUAAAAGUGUCAGAUUUAAUGAAAUUAAUAGAUAACUAUGGUAAAAUAUAUUUAUACUUGACUAGCUUAAAUAAAAUUCAUUCAAAUAAAAAAAAAAAAUUAUAUUCUGAAAAUAAUUCUAUUAUAAAAAGCUUUAAAUUGCAAAUAAGCGAAAUGGUAAAAAUGAAAGACAAAGAAAAUGGAGAUCCUCAAAAUGAACGUUUUCAAAGUGAUAAUUCGUCCACUAUUUGUGAUUCACAAGUUAAUAAAAAAGAAUGCAAAGAAACCCCCGAACUUAAAAAUAAAGAUAAUAUAAAAUGCAAUGAUAAAAUAAAUAAUUGUAUGAUUAAAACUGAUGAAUUAAAUGAGGAAAUAAAUAUUUUAAAAAUAAAAAAUAAAAAAAAUUCGAAAAAUAUAUCUAAAGAUGAUAAAACAAUUCGGGAUAAUAAUAGAAGGAAUAGUGAUUGCAAACAUAAAGGAAAGUACAUAAAAUAUCAAGGCCCAUGCUCAUCCUCUUCUAAUAAUACAAAUUCAACUUGUGAUGAAACAAGCAGUAGUAUAGAUAUCGAUAAAAAUGAGGAAAAUAUAGAAAGUGAAGAAAAUAAAGAUAAAAUAGAAAAGGUACAUUAUUUGAAAGACAAUAAAUAUGAAGAAUAUAAUGAAAUAAGUAAAGGAAAAAAUGAUGAAAAAAAAUGGAAAAAAAAAGAAAGAAAUAUGAAACAUAUAAACACAAUAAAUAAUAUAAAAAUUAAUGAAAUGUGCAAUAUUUUAUUUAGUUUAAAAGAAAAAAUUAUAGCCUUUCUUUCUUAUAUUUAUAAAAAAUUGUGCCGAAAUAUGCUAAUUAAUAUAUAUUAUGUUAAAAGACUUUACACACAAAUAGUAAAUAUUUUUUUAAAUAUCCCAAGAGAUAUAAAUAUAAAUUAUGUAUUUAUUAAAAACAGAGAAAUAAAUACUAAUAUGUAUAUAAAAAAAUACAAUGAUAUAAGUAUUAAUGAGAAAUAUUUGGAGUUAAUUUAUAAUAAAUUUCAUAAUUAUUCUCAUGAAGGUUUGUUAAAUGUAAAAAAUAUGCGUGAUAAAAGAAAAAAUAAAAAUAAAUUGAAAAAAAUAAAAUAUAAUGUACCUAAACAAUAUGAUGUAGACAAUGCUAGUUCACCACGAAAAAAUUUAAGCCUAAAAAUGGACGAGGAAAAUAUAUCACAUAAGGACUCUUCUAGCAACAUGUCUUUAUUUUUUGAAAUUUAA